GACUUGAAGCAGAAGUGGCAGGGUGAGUUUUACAGAGUGAGGGACAGAGAGACAGAGAAGGAGAAGCUCCAACAGGGACACGCACAUAGAGACCCAUGGCUGCUACAGAAGCCGGGGCAACCCUGAAUGGUGGCGGUCUCUCCACUGACCUCCCAGGGGACAGCUCCACUACGUGUCAGGGAGAAGGGAUGGGGAAGAGCUGCCCUCCCUGCUCGCUCAGCCCUGACACACCUGAGCAGGGCGACACCACCACACACAACGGGACAGUGUCGGAAGGCCAGGUGAUGAACAACAAGGAAAAGAAUGUCCUGAACAAACAGGAGUCCAAGACGGCAGAGGAGACAAAGAUUCUGGUCGAUCUCAAAGGGUCAGAGGUCAUUGCAGUGCCCGGGGAGGAGAAGAAAGACAAGGAAACAUCCAAGUCAAAUGAGGCAAAUGGUAAAGAAGUAGGAAAAGAAGCUGUGACCAAAGAGGAGGAGGUGAAGGAGGAUCCUCUGGGACCUGACGACGUGGUGUGCGACUCCUGCAUCGAGAGCCCCCGUAGGGCCCUCAAGUCCUGCCUCACCUGCCUGGUGUCCUACUGCGACGCCCACCUGAGGCCUCACCUGGAGAACAGCAAGUUCCAGAACCACCGGCUGGUUGAGCCUCUCAGGGACAUCGAACGGCGAACCUGCGAGAGCCACAAGUGGCCCCUGGACCUGUUCUGCUGCCCGGAUUCCCGUUGCAUCUGUCAGGACUGUGUCACCGAGGACCACAAGGGUCACAAAACAAUGGCGGUGGUGGAGGCCCGGAGUCACAUCCAGAGGGAGCUCCAUGACAAGCAGGCUGAGAUGAUGAGGACGGCAACUGCAGCAGAGAAUGCAAUCAACAAGCUGCAGGUCAACACGGUCUCCAUCGAGAACUCGGUGACGGAGGUGCGUGAAGUGAUCGAGAGCCAGUUCGCCGAGCUGCAGGCUGCGGUGGAGCGCACCAAGCGGGAGGUGACGGAGAUCUUGGAGACGGAGGAGAAACAGGCUGUCAAACAGGCCGAGGGCAUCCGGGCUCACCUGGAGCAGAGGUGCACCGAGCUGAAGAAGAUCCAGGCACAGAUGGAGAAGCUCUCCAAGAACAAAAAUGAUGUGGACUUCCUCCAAGAGUACUCCGAGUGGAAGAAGGAAAGCCCAGACAUCUCGCUGCCUGGGGUGUAUAUUGGACUCAUGGAUCGCUUGAAUUCCUUCAGUCGCAUGAUCGUAGAUUCUACAAGGGAGGUGUGUGGAAAGCUGCUGUCUUCCUACAUGGAAAAACUUAAAGAUACUUGCACUAAAGACAAGAUGGGGAUCAAGACAACAGUUCAUGCCACAAUCCAAACAAGACAGAACAUGUUACUGCCGAAGCCAAAGUCACGUGUUGACUUCCUGAAGUAUGCAACCACUGUCAGCUUUGAUGCAGACACUGUCCAUAAAUUCCUGCGCCUGACUGACGACAACAGGAAGGUAACCAACACCACGCCUUGGCAGCAUCCGUACCCUGAUGUGCCAGAGCGGUUUGAGAACUGGCGGCAGGUGCUGGCCACAGAGAGCUUCUACAUGGGAAGACACUACUUUGAAGUGGAUGUGAGUGGAGAGGGAACGCAUGUUGGCCUCACCUACAAGAGCAUCGAUAGGAAAGGUCCAGAGAGCAACAGCAGCAUCGCGGGAAACAACUUCUCGUGGUGCCUCAAGUGGAACGGCCGCUGUUUCUCCGCCUGGCACAGUGACGUGGAAACUCCUCUGACAGCGGACAAGUUCACCCGCAUCGGGGUCUACGUGGACUAUGCCCAAGGUCAACUGGCCUUCUAUGGUGUGGGUGACACCAUGACCCCUAUUUAUGAGUACAAGGCAGAAUUCCUGGAGCCCCUCUACCCAGCCUUCUGGCUCUCCAAAAAGGAGAACACUGUUGUGCUUGUUGUACCUGGGGAGGAUCUCCCACUGAAAAGUCCCUCUCCCCCCUCAUCACCCCCCAACACUGCUAAAUCUACUGCUACUGUCCCAGCCUGUCAACACUCCCCGCCCCCCUCCCGUUUUGUCAUUUCUCCUGUGAAACUCCCGUAAUUUGUACGGCCCAAACCUUGUUAUAUGAAGAAUCACAUCAAUAUAUUAUUCCAAGGUUGUCGAGUUGCCAGAUUAUGUAUGAAACGCUUCAGAAGUAGAAUAACAAAUUCAACAAGAAUGCAAUAGUGUGGAUGGAAAUAUAGUAUAGACUAGUAUAGCAGUCUCUUUUUUUUCUUUUCUUAAAAAUAAACUGACAAAUACUUGAACGGUGGGGCUAUUCAUGUCUAUCUUUGGGACUGUUGUUUACUGUAAUUGAGGGCAACCAAACAAUGCAAAUAAAAGGUGUCUUCAUCUGUAAACA